GCCGGCCGGAAGGUGAAGGAAGACGCACAGACUUCCGUAAACUAAAGGAUCCAGUUUUCUGUGGCUGCAGCGGCACAUUUUUCUGCGUUUUAUGAGCUUCAAACAGGUUUUCCGUGUGGAUUUUUGUAUUCUCAGUGAUGGGUCGCAGCAGGUCACCUGACAGAGAGAAAAAACACGACAAGAAGAAGAAACGCAGACGGUCCUCUUCUUCUUCUUCGUCCUCUUCUUCCUCGUCCAGCAGCAGGAGUCGAAGCAGAUCGUCAAAGAAAACACCACACAAAAGUCAAGAUGUGAAAAUACAUAAAAAGAAGCGUAGAAGAAGCUCCUCCUCUUCUUCAUCUUCUUCUUCCACCUCUUCUUCAUCCUCUUCGUCUUCACCCUCGUCUAAUGAUGAAAAGACAAAAAAGAGGAAAAGUAAAGCCAAGAAAAAGAAGUCCAAGAAGAAAAAGGCAAAGCUGAAGAAACAGAGGAAAAAAGAGAAAAAAAAGAAAGAGAAGCUGAAGAAGAAGGAGGAGAAGAAGAAAGCAGAGGUGGUGCUGCCCGACCCUCCAGCCGAGAAAACUCCAUCUUACCUGGAGGUGUGGCAGAGUGACGAGGGGACGAUGGAGCUCGGACCUGUGAUGACAGAUGAGCAGAAGGCCCGACUCUCCACCAAGAGGCCCCUCACCAAAGAGGAGUAUGAGGCCAGACAGAGUGUGAUCCGCCGGGUGGUGGACCCGGAGACGGGACGCACCAGGUUGGUGAGAGGAGAAGGAGAGAUCAUUGAGGAGAUAGUCAGCCGAGAAAAACACAAAGAUAUUAACAAGCAGGCCACCAAGGGAGACGGGAACGCCUUCCAGAAGAAACUGGGAAUCAAGAGGUAGAAGAGACUGUGACCUACUUCAGGAGCAUCAAUAAGCUGAACUUUAAAAAUUAUAAACAGUUGCCUGUGAUUUCACUGUACAGGAGUGAAGGUGCAAAGUUAUGGGGACAUGUUCUCCUGAUGUAAACCAAUCUAAACCAGUUAAAUCCAGGUAAAAGGACACCGUCUCCUAGUUAUUUGCCCAAUUAAACCUUUGCUGGA